AUGAAGUUCACAAUCGGAGCUUUCUUCCUGAUGAGUUUAUACCUGGGAAAUUGGGUCGAAGCAGCGACGGUCUUUUUCCCCCUUGUUUUGACUUGGCAGAACACUAGCGUUGCGGGGAAUAUUAGACCUGUUAUUCACUCAAACUUUCAGUUUCCUGGACCCGAGCUUCAAGUCAAUCAGGGUGAUAAUGUUCAAUUUGCUGUCACAAAUUUGUGUCCUUUUAACGUUACUGUGCAUUUCCAUGGAAUUGAACAGCUUGGAACCCCUUGGUCUGAUGGAGUCCCUGGAGUCUCACAGCGACCAAUCGUUAGGGGACAAUCUUUCCUUUACCGAUGGACUGCCACUGACUACGGCGCAUACUUUUAUCAUGCUCAUCAUCGGGGCCAACUGGAAGAUGGUCUUUACGGGCCAAUUUACAUCAUCCCGCGGGCUAGUGAGCCCAGACCUUUCAGUCUUAUAACAACAAAUAAUACUCAGAUUCAGGGCAUGCUGGCAGCUGAAAAGAACACCUCCCCCCUUUUGCUGUCCGACUGGCGUCUGCUGACUUCGGAGCAAAUUUGGGCUGCCGAGGUUGCCUCUGGUAUCGACUCUUAUUGCGUCAAUGCGCUGCUUAUCAAUGGCAAGGGUGCAGUGUCUUGUCUAUCUCGAGCCCUGAUAGAGUCAUUGAUCACACCAAACACGCAAGCAGUGCUGGGCAAUGAGACUCUAACCGAUAUAGCCUGCUUCCCACCAGAUAUUUCUCUUUUGCAGGGAGACUAUCCUCAUAACCUUAACGCUAUUCCACCGACAAUGUUUAGUGGAUGCACGCCCACUCAGGGGGAACAGGAAGUCAUUACAGUGAAUGGACAGCAAUUCGUUAGCUGGGAUUUGACUAGUGCCUCUGGGCAUCUUCAGCUCAUUUUCUCGGUAGAUGAGCAUGACAUGUGGGUCUAUGCUGUUGAUGGCCGUUACAUCAGGCCCAUCCGUGCCAAUGCAAUCAAUAUUUCCAAUGCGAAUCGAUACUCAGUUCUAGUCCCUCUAAACAGGCCUCGAGGAGACUACUCGAUUCGUCUAGUCAGUGGCAGUGGACAACAAAUCCUUAACACCACUGGGAUUCUCAGAUACCAAGGCACACCUCAACUCAAUAGGCCUUCCAACCCUUGGGUUUUGCUGAAUGGUCUCAAUGCGACUGCAAACACUGUCUUUUUGAACGAGUCACUGAUCAUUCCAUUCCCUGUCAUCGUUCCAGCAGCUACUGCGGAUGCAACCUACAAAUUGACCAUUCAGCACUUCAACGCAUCAUAUUUGUGGACCCUCGGAAACGAUAGUUACAGCCUUGCUUUAGAAGAGGCCAAACCUCUUCUCUUCAAUCAGAACUCCAUCCCAAGUGACCUAGUUAUCCGCACACAAAACAACACUUGGGUAGAUUUGAUAAUCCAAAUCGAGUCCCCACCAAUCUCGCCUCCUCAUCCGAUUCACAAACAUUCAAACAAGCACUUCAUCAUCGGCCAAGGAACAGGGGCCUUUAACUACACCAACGUUGCAGAGGCUAUUCAAGCCAUUCCCGGGUCCUUCAAUCUCGUCAAUCCCCAGUAUAGAGAUACGAGUGAUACACCCAUUGCGCUUUUUGGACCGUCGUGGUUGGCCAUACGAUAUCAUGUCAUUAACCCGGGUGCUUUCUUGUUGCAUUGUCAUGUACAGGUUCACCAAAGCGGCGGAAUGGCAUUAGCUAUCUUGGAUGGUGUUGACAAAUGGCCCACCAUCCCUGCUUCAUAUCGUCUUGAUUCGGGAUUCUUUUGA